AUGGCUAAAAGCAAAAAUCACACGAAUCACAAUCAAAACCGUAAGGAUCAUCGUAAUGGAAUCAAACGACCAAAAUCGCAACGUUUUCCAUCUUUAACCGGAGUUGAUCCAAAAUACGUCCGUAAUUUGAAAUUCACCAAACAUCACAAUCAUGUUGCUCGUAAAAACUUACGUAAAUCUCGCAAAGCUAAACUCGCUAGUACAACAACCAGCGACGGUUCACCAAGCAAAGCCAUGAGACGAACAACACCGAUCAAAACAACACCACAGAAAUCAUCCUGGUCACUCUCAUCUCUAUUGAAAAAUGUAACAUCGUACUUUACCGGAGAAACUACCUCGCCAACGCAACAAAAGAAACGCGCCGUUCGUAAGCAUCCAUCGAAGAAUUCGAAACCAACCACGACUUCAACUACCGCUUCACCAGCAAAGAAAUAA